AUGCUUGACCGUGUGGAACUUUGGUCGUAUGCAGCUUAUGGCAUUGUAUGGAAAGCAAUUGAUCGCAGGACAGGAGAAAUAGUUGCUGUUAAAAAGAUUUUUGAUGCUUUCAGGAACAGAACAGAUGCUCAGAGAACAUUUCGAGAGAUUAUGUUCCUGCAGGCAUUUGGAGAACAUCCAAAUAUCAUCAAGCUGCUUGAUGUUAUCAGAGCUCAGAAUGACAAGGACAUCUACCUCAUCUUUGAGUCCAUGGAGACAGAUUUACAUGCUGUGAUUAAGAAGGGGAAUUUGCUGAAAGAUAUCCACAAGUGCUACAUUCUCUACCAACUCCUGAAGGCAACUAAAUUCAUCCACUCAGGAAAUGUUAUUCACAGAGAUCAGAAGCCUUCAAAUAUCUUGCUGGAUACAGACUGCUUUGUUAAACUUUGUGAUUUUGGGCUGGCCCGUUCUUUAUGUCAGAUGAAUGAGGACCAAGGCAACCCUGCUCUAACAGAAUAUGUGGCAACACGCUGGUACCGAGCCCCCGAGAUCUUACUUUCCUCUCAGAGUUACACUAAAGGUGUAGACAUGUGGAGCAUUGGCUGUAUUCUGGGAGAGCUGCUACUUGGGAAACCUCUUUUUCCUGGAACAUCAACAAUGAAUCAAAUAGAGCAGAUCUUGAGGGUCAUUCCUGCCCCAUCCCCAGAAGAUAUUUUGGCUAUGCAGUCAGAUUACAGGGCCUCAGUUAUUAACCGCUUGAGUUCCCGGCAGCGAGUAACAUUUGAGGAGAUUUUACCAUCCUCUACUCCAUUGCCUGCUUUGGAUCUUCUGAAGAAACUUUUAGUAUUUAACCCUGAUAAACGACUUACAGCAGAGGAGGCUCUGCAGCAUCCUUAUGUGAAAAGGUUUCAUUGUCCUGCCAGGGAGCCCUCUCUGGAUUAUGAUGUGGUUCUUCCUUUAGGUGAUGAUAUCCAGCUGUCUGUGGCAGAAUAUCGAAAUAAAUUAUAUGAGGAACCAUUUAUUACACAAGUGUGGAACCAUGUAUUCCACAAUAUGAAAUUGUGGAGAUGGCUGCAUGUGCAGAUGUACAAACAAUGCGUUUUGAAGAAUCCAAGAAAUACUCAGUUUCCCAGCAAAGGUAUUCAUCCCCUCCUGAAGUCCAGUAAAAAGAUGUUCCAGGUUACUGCAAAUACGGGAGCUGCUGGUGAUCCAAAAGCAUCAAUGGGCAGUUACUCCCAGGCCUAUGGAACCAUAUGUAAAUCUGCACUCCAGAGUCUUCCAAUAUCAAAGUCCUCCCAACAACAUGAGCAGUGAAUAUGGAAGUGUUCUAACCAGGUGAAGUACAGCUCAUGUCAUCAGCACCCUAACUGAGCCAGUAACAGCAAGUGAGAGCAAAAUAGUACAGGCAUUUGACAGUUACCCAGCUGAAGGGAAUUGCUUUAUUCAUUGCAUGGAACAAUGUACUACUUUCCUCUGGACAAACCAACAGGAAAGAGAACCUAAAUCCUUUUGCCUUCCACUCUUACCAGACAUGCUAUUUGGUCCCAUACCAUGAGAACAAUGAAUACUGUCAGUUCAUAUUCCUCAUUUGAAUUAUUGCAAAAAAUUACAGAAAACUGAAAUAGUCUGUUAUUUGAAUGUAUUUAGACAUAGUCA